ACAUUCCUUGCUUGGUACUCUACAAUGACCGCAGUCGCCUUCUUUGCCUCUUCCCCCCAUGUCUGGUCGUCCGCGUAAGCAGCGUGGUACUCGUCGAAAGGGAGUCUUCGACCCGUCAGACAGCAAAAAUGUAACAUAUACACGUAUUGGUGUAUGGGAUCUCUACGAAGAGAAACCUGAAGUGCUCGCUCGCAUACCAUGGUCGUCGCGCUUGGAGCCCUAUGUCGAGAUGCUGGGCAGCAUGCCAUAUUUCUGGCGGAUGUUGAGGGAUAUUGGGAGCAUUCGGUCGUGCUGGAUUCUCCUUGGACUCAAUCUCCUUAUCCAUAUCUUGGGUGCUUUGAUACCUGCAGUAUCUCUCUGGUAUUCUGGGCAGUUGUUGAAUAUUGUCCAAAUCGCCAUCGAUGAACGAACCGUAGACAAAACGCUCCUCUUUCACGUUGCAGCUGGGAGGGUUGCGUGCUCUCUAUUCUCUCGGUUGAUUUCACAUGCUAAACAGUACAUUCAUCCAACCUUGAACUCGCGAAUCAAGCAAUACUACUCCAUUCAUAUGUUCCAUGCAGUCGCCCGGCUUGAUCUUCCAACAUUUGAUGAUCCAGCCGUGCAGAAGCAGCUCGAACAGACUUCCGCAGUCGAUUCAGGCUCUACAGUCGCUUGGGGCACCGUCAACGCCAUUGUCAACAUCUUCAGUACUGCGGUACAGCUUGUAUCCCAGCUCGUAGUUCUAAUUCGAGUCGUGCAUGACCAACCAGAUGGUCCUCUCAUUGCCAUCCUUAGUUUCGGACAAGCGCUGUUUCAAAACGAAGAACGACACGUACGACAUAUAAAUACUAGUGUCUGGGCUGCGACAACCAAAGAUGAAGAUUACAUUAGAUCAGAGGGGCUUAAGCGUCUGAUUAUCAACCCGACUCAUCGUAAAGAGAUUGUUGCCGGUGGGAUGUGGGAAUAUCUUCUUCAGGAAUAUACUACCAGCAUAUGGCGAGUAGGAGAUGGCGGAGGCGACUUUUGGCCCCUCUACUCGUCCCAGAAAGUGCGGGGCAGCUAUCUGUCGUUUCUUCAAGAUCCUUUGCGUGAAUUGCCUCAAAUUGCAUUCACCCUCCGUGCCGUGCAAAAGCCUGCCUCUAUACCACUGUCUCUCGCCUCUUUGAAUCUGAUCACCUCGUCGGCGUCAUCUUUUACAUUUACACUGUAUAGUCUGUUCCGUGGGUCUUCCUCGGUAGCAGAGCGCAUAGCGAGUAUCCGCCAACUAUACGAGGUUGGUAAGAUGGAGAAUCGUGUUGUGGAUGGAGUGAUACCAUAUCCUGAGAAUCUCCAGACACUCAGCUCCGGAAUGUCUAUCGAGUUCAGAGACGUGUCUUUCAAAUAUCCAGGCGCAGAAACUUACGCACUCCAUAAGGUAUCCUUCACAAUUCGGCAAGGACAGCUUUGCGUCAUUGUAGGCAAAAAUGGCUCUGGCAAGAGCACGAUCUUGAAAUUGAUUGCUCGUUUAUACGACCCUCUGGAAGGCGUCAUUCUCAUAGACGGUCUUGAUAUCAGAACAUUAAAAUUGGCUGAUCUAAGACGCGCUACCUCCGUCCUUUUCCAGGAUUAUACACAUUUUCCACUAUCGAUCAAAGAUAACAUAGGAUUUGGUGACCCUGAAGACCACACUAAUGAAGACAAGAUACGAAGAGCUGCAGAGCUCGGUGGCUCGGAGGAGUUCAUAAACAAACUUCCAGAGGGUUUUGAUACUUAUUUGGAGCGGCCUGUACGUGACAUGUAUUCUGGCUUGCCCGAAGGUACAGACACGCUCUUUGGGAGACCGGUGAAUUUUGGCAAACUUAGACGCAUGGCUGGGAUGAGUACCACAAAUUCAACAUCCCUAUCAGGUGGUCAAAUGCAGAGAAUAGCAUUGUCUCGUACGUUUAUGCGAUCGCUCGUAUCCGAACAAAGCGUGGGUCUGCUACUUUUCGACGAGCCAUCCGCGAGUUUAGAUCCUACGGCCGAACAUUAUCUGUUUGAACGAUUACGCCAAUUGCGGGGAAACAAGACCAUGGUCUUCUCUUCUCACAGGUUCGGAAACCUGACGCGACACGCUGAUCUGAUAUUAUAUAUGGAUGAUUCUGCCAUCAUAGAGGAAGGAACUCAUGCUGAUCUUAUUCGUAGGGACUGUGAAUAUGCUCGGAUAUGGAAACUACAGGCGGAAGCAUUCCUAUCUUGAUUUUUACCUAUUAUCUGCCAGGAGACUAACUACACCCAUACAAUCUACAUGUCUGUACCGUUCUAGUAUCUAUCUUUCCCUGGCUACUUAAGUUGAAAUUGGGCCCCACGGCUGCCGCCCAAGUGCCGGUUAUAAUGCCGCCUCAGCUUGUCGCUAUCUAUCGGCAUUUGCG